GUGUUCGUGUCGGGAGCUCUCUGUUACCGGUGCUGUUUGAGCCUGGAAAAGUUCAUUUUUGUCCCCUUUUUCAGGAUGAACCGAGUGGCCGUGAACCAGAACUAGACAAUUUGGCAAUUGAUGAGAAAGGCUUCAACGGAAUGUUUGCGGCACUUUUGCUCCGAAUCGAUUUGAUAGAUGACGAUGCCCUAGUCUCUUCCUCGGUGAACCAGUGCCGUCCUAUUACCGAAAACAGCGAAAUCCCGGCUCUUCGGCGACAUGUUGUUGGUCCCCCUGGCGGGGGGUUCGCCGGGUCUCUUUGCAAGGACUUUCUACCUUCCAGAAUGCUCCUGGCCAGCUUUACCUGCGCGUGUCCGUCAAGCCGACCAGCAAAAGACACAAGCCCUGGGCGACGUCACUGCAGAUGGGCACUACUUGGCAGUGCGCUGACACAGCCCGUGCCCCCUAUCAAGUCUGCAGCGCGCAGCAAGCAUGGGGGCCCCAGCGUGGAAUCGUGGAUGGGAGAUGGCAGUUGUACGAAUAGUUUGACACUCCAUAGUAUCGUUCUCAGCGAUAUCAAAUCGUCAUUCUAUUCCGUAGGCGGUAGUCCACCCAUUUCUCUUUGGAUCCGAUCAAUACAUCUACAACCUCUUUUUCGUCCCAGGCUAUCCCGCAGGUCCAUCCAUCUACGAUCCCCCUCAAGACUCAUCUUCGGCGUCUUACCCGCGCCAUCUCACUGCUGCAGAGAGUCUGUGAGACUGGCACGGAUCCCUCCUCGGAAACGACAUGCAGCAGCCGCUAGUUUAGCCUCAUUCUCGCAUUCACUCAUUCGCACUCUCACUGCUCCUCCGCCUUCUCUUCCUCCUCCUGCUUUCCCCCGCUCGGCUUUGGGGCUCUAGUCUCCCGAAGCAAGCAGACGGCUUCCCACGGUGGCUCUCACGUGGGAUCGCGCAGCGCCGCCGCAGCCCGCGGGACCAUAUGACCUCGGACCAUGUUCACCCCUCCUUCGACCCGUCAUGGAGACGAGGAAGUUCAACUGGCGGAGAUACUCUGCGCCAGUUGUCAUCGCCAGCAUGAUCCUC